ACGUUUUGGUUCGUCAUAUUAUUUUAGUGUGUAAAUAAUUCGCGCUGUCAGUUUCUUAUAGUAGAAAAAUAUGAAGCUUCUUACGCACAAUAUGUUAACAUCUAGAGCUAUGAAAGGAGUGACAGUCGGCUAUCCUCUGAAAAUAGUCGCUCGAGACAUUAGAGUAUCUGAAGUAGAUUUUAAUCCAGAAUAUAUAGCUAGAAUAAUUCCAAAAUUGGAUUGGACAGUACUAUGGAAAGCUGCUGAGAGCAUAGGACAUGUCGGUGAAUUACCUCAGAUUCUGAUAGAGGAUUUCGAAACAAAUGAAGAUUUUCUGAAAAAGGCUCAUCAUAUUCUGUUGGAAAUCGAAGUUAUAAACGGAGAUUUAUUGUGUCCUGAAUCCGGCAGAAAAUUUCCCAUCAACGAUGGCAUUCCAAACAUGCUUUUAAACGAAGAUGAAAUUUAAAUAACAGACCCAAAUAAUUUAAGAAUAUUAUUAUUGCCAUUGUGUAUCUAGUUAUAGUUAUAUCCUACAUCAUUGUUCCUUUAAUUAGCUAAGAUUAUACAUACACACAUACACGCUUCUGUAUCAUAGAUCUUAUCGUUAGUUUUAUUUUUUUAUAU